AUAUGAUUGGAUGCACCCGGCAGCCAAGCCAUCUUCUCUCUGUUUCAUCCCGUCCCAUUCUCCACUCCAACGCAAACACAAACACAACAACAGAAACAGAACAGACAAAGCCAAAACAAUCACGCGACGCGACAACAACAACAACAUUCUAUUCAGCCUAAAAACUCACGUGACAAUUCUUCUUCUUCUUUAAACAAAAAAAAAAAAAACAAACAAUAUUCCUUUUCUUUUCCCCUUUCUCUUUUCCUAGGGUUCCCAAAUCCAAUUUCAUUCAUUCAUUCCUUCUCUCCGAACCGGAAUGGAAGCUAUAAUCUCCGAUCCAAGCCCGGUUCGGGUCAAGAGAAAAACCCUACAAACCGUAUUGGAACAGUGUCAGCGAGCCCUUGAACUCAUCAACGCUUCUUCCGAUGACGAUGAAGACGACGACGUUUCUGUUUCUAAUGAUGAACCUCUCCCUUCUACACGACCUGAUCCAGAAGCUGAUCAGUUGUGUGACUUGCUCAAAUCUAGGCUUGAAUGCCCUGAUUUCCUUGAGAAGUUAGAGUGUGCACAGGCGUCGGUUUAUCAGAACACAGUUGAAGAAGGUAAUUCUUGGGAUUUGAUCAGUGAGAAUGAUCUUUGGGAAGGUGAUGACUCUGAAGAAGAAGAUUAUGUUCUUGUUAGACAAGAUGAUAUAGUGGAUGGGAUUGCUUGCUUUAUGGCUGCAUAUUUGUUAUCCCUUAAGAAAACCAAGGAUUUGACUCCAAGUCAACUCCAGGAUGCGCUCAGCAAGACAUUUUCUGUUAAAAAGAAAAAGGGAAAACUUCGAAAGGCCUGGGAUGGGAGCAAAGUUAUUUAUAAUGUUGCAUCAUGGGGGGCUACAGCCAUUGGAAUAUAUCAAAACCCUGUUAUUCUAAGGGCUGCAACUAAAGCAUUCUGGACUUCUUGUCAAGUGAUAUCAAAGCUACUCUGAUAUGUCAAUGCAGCUUGGAGAAACAUUGUGAUAUAGUAAUUUAACUGUUGUACUUUGCUUGUGCUGCUGCAAUUCAGUUUGGCUUUCCAGUCCAGUUUGAUGUAUAGUUUCAAUUUGUUUGCACCACAGAUCAAUUGAUCUAAAUGUAGUUUGAUUUCGAUCUUGUAAAUAUCUCUAUUCAAAAAUUCCGAGUGCAAUUCAGAUUCACUAUUCAAGCCUCAAACAUAACCUUUCACUAUUCA